AUGUAUCUGUGAGUGCUGCACAUGCGGUCGACUGGCCCGUGCCAGUGUAGGACGCUGAUGUCGGCCUGUACUGCUCGCCACUGCAGCAGCACAUCACAAGGCAUGUCGGUGGCAGGUCCAAGCGUCACUUCUUCAGCACCCGCCUCCUCUUCGACAAGAGCUCCAACGCGCUCAUCCCACAAUAUAGCGGGCAAGAAGCGCUCUACACCGUGGGAAUUGAAGAUGGAGCAGCGCAAAAAACAACAAGAGGUCAAGGAUAUGGAAAGGAGGAUGAAGGAGGAGGUGGAGAAUGCCAGAGCUGCGUGAGUGAUGGCGGUGGUGGUGGCCAUUUCAGCUGCUACAGGGGUCGAAGUGGCUCCGGAGACGAGCACUUCCUUAGCACACGCUCCAUUCAUGAGCUUACAUGCUGUAGCCGUUUGGUACUGACUUUCAUCAUGGUGUUCGUCAUCACCACCACACACCGCUCGCCGCAUCUACAGCAAAGGACAGGCGAUUCGAGAGCGAAGGCAGAAAGCAGCCGAAAAAGCCAGAUUGGAGACCAUGGCUACUAGAGUGAGUGUGCUCCAGCAUGCUUCUUUGCACGAUACGCGCUGGGUGGUGCAAGAGCGGGUGUUUUUUCUGGCACGGCAGCAAGUGUGCAUGCGUCAUUAUGCUCACUCUACAUGUUUGGCUUUAUUUUGCUGCUGUGUAGAUGAGUCAAAAGAAGCUAGACAGGAAGAGGAGACGUCUGGGCAUCACAAAGAAGGUUUCGCAUUGA